GGUGACGCUUCUACUCAUUGUUCAGCGGAGCGUCGACGCAGCGCGAGAGACAGUCUGUGGAGCCGACACGAACCUGGAGUAAUCUGCAACCUCCCUUUAAACUGCGAAAAGGACGGUUCCCCCUGCUGUUUGGUUCUGAGACUGCAGGAGACGCUAUGGCAAUGUCAAUGGAAUCCGAUGGGAGGAUGAAGGUGGAGGAGUGGCAGCACUCGUACCACGGCGACUCGGGCAUCCAGUCGGGGGCCAACACGGUGCGAGAGGACGACGGAGAGUACGGCACCUCCAAGUACACCACCGUCACCACGACAACCGUCUCCGGCGAGUACCCAGAAGACCUGGACGCCCAGUACACCCUGACCCGCGCCCAGCGUGUGCGUAACGCCAUGUUCCCCGAGACCCUGGCCGAGGGGACCACCAUCCUGUCCACGCAGACGGACUCCACCCAAAUGACCAACGUGCAGAAGCUGGCGGAGCCGUCCCAGAUGCUGAAGGUGGCCAUCAUCCACCUCAUCAACUACCAGGACGACGCGGAGCUGGCCACCCGGGCCGUGCCCGAGCUCACCAAGCUGCUCAACGACGAGGACCAGGUGGUGGUCAGCAAGGCAGCGCUGAUCGUGAACCAGCUGACCCGCAAGGAGGCGUCUCGCCGCGUGCUGAUGCAGUCGCCCCAGGUGGUGGCGGCCGUGGUGCGCGCCAUGCAGAACACCAGCGACAUGGAGACGGCCAGGGCCACGGCCAGCAUCCUGCACAACCUGUCCCACCAGCGUGAGGGGCUGCUCGCCAUCUUCAAGUCAGGGGGGAUCCCCGCCCUGGUCCGCAUGCUCAGCUCCCCCAUGGAGUCGGUGCUGUUCUACGCCAUCACCACUCUGCACAACCUGCUGCUGCACCAGGAGGGCGCCAAGAUGGCGGUGCGCCUCGCCGACGGGCUGCAGAGGAUGGUCCCGCUGCUCAAGAAGAGCAACCCCAAGUUCCUGGCCAUCACCACCGACUGCCUGCAGCUGCUGUCCUACGGCAACCAGGAGAGCAAGCUGAUCAUCCUGGCCAACAACGGCCCUGAGGGUCUGGUUCACAUCAUGAGGAACUACAACUACGAGAAGCUGCUGUGGACCACCAGCCGCGUGCUCAAGGUCCUCUCCGUGUGCCCCAGCAACAAGCCCGCCAUUGUGGAAGCAGGUGGGAUGCAGGCCCUGGGGAAGCACCUGACCGGUAGCAGCCAGCGGCUGAUGCAGAACUGUCUGUGGACCCUCAGGAACCUGUCAGACGCUGCCACCAAGCAGGAGGGUAUGGACGGGCUCCUCCAGGUCCUCGUGGGCCUCCUGAGCUCUGACGACGUCAACAUGCUGACGUGCGCCACCGGCAUCCUGUCCAACCUCACCUGCAACAACGCCUACAACAAGACGCUGGUCACCCAGGGCAACGGCGUGGAGGCGCUGAUCCACGCCGUGCUGCGCGCCGGCGAGAAGGAGGACGUGACGGAGCCGGCGGUCUGCGCCCUGCGCCACCUCACCUCCCGCCAGCAGCAGGCCGAGACCGCGCAGCACGCCGUGCGCAUGCACUACGGCGUGCCCGCCAUCGUCAAGCUGCUCAACCAGCCCUACUACUGGCCCGUCAUCAAGGCGGUGGUGGGUCUGAUCCGUAACCUGGCUCUGUGCCCUGAGAACCAGACCCCUCUGAGGGACGCCGGGGCCAUCCCCCGGCUGGUCAACCUGCUGCUCAAAGCCCACCAGGACGCCCAGAAGAGGGGCUCCUCCAACCAGCAGACCUACCAGGACGGCGUCCGGAUGGAGGAGAUCGUGGAGGGCUGCACCGGAGCUCUGCACAUCAUGGCCCGCGACCCGGUGAACCGCGGGGAGAUCGCCAACAUGCAGACCAUCCCGCUGUUCGUCCAGCUCCUGUACUCGCCCGUGGACAACGUGAAGCGCGUGGCAGCGGGCAUCCUGUGCGAGCUGGCUCUGGACAAGCAGUCAGCCGACCUCAUCGACAAGGAGGGGGCCUCGUCCCCCCUGAUGGAGCUGCUGCACUCCAGCAACGAGGGCAUCGCCACCUACGCGGCCGCCGUCCUGUUCCGGAUCUCCGAGGACAAGAACACCGACUACAAGAAGCGCGUGUCCGUGGAGCUCACGCACUCCCUGUUCAGACACGACCCGGCCGCCUGGGAGAGGGCCCAUAACGCCGUGCCAAUGGACGCAGGCUACGCAGCUGACGAGCUGGACGUGGCAUACGGCGGUUACCCUGUCGACAUGGGGAUGGACGGGAUGAUGGAGCCGGAGAUGCUGCCUGAGGAGUACCAGCCCGCCUAUGACCGCCACCAGUACGCCGACCAGUACUGAGACCAGAACUGAGACCAAUUGCAGCAGAGAAGGCAUAAGGACGGGGAUGAACGGACACAUGAAUCAUAUAUACUUUAAUAGUGCUUUUGCUUCUGAUCCAACUGUUUAUUGGGUAAUCACUGACUAUGUAACAAUUAAUUAUGUCCCAUCUCUAUCUCAUAGUUUCUUGUGACGCUGAUAAUGUUGAUUAUGACUUUUAGAAUGCCUGUGGGUUUUUUAGAAGAUAUUUUAAGGGUGUGUGCGUGUAUGUGUGUGUGUGCUUUUGGGGUGAAUAAUCUAUGCCAAAGAGAUUUUUAUUUUGUGACGAUAAUCAUGUAGCUUCCAUUUUAUACGGAAAAGAGUAAUCGAUACGGCCGACACCACGGCGAUCAUGAUCUUUAGGACGCUCCUCGGUCCGAUCAGCACCGUCGGGAGAACCUGAGUCUGGGUGGUGUCGCCCGAAGGUGGAGCAGUCUAACGUUCACAUCUCACGCCUCAAUGGAGAACCAAUGAAGAGGGCAGAUUAAUAACUGCUGGGUGCCCCGUUUCUGGGUUAUAACGUGUUUAUUAUUCGUUGGUUAUUUUGGAUAAGGUCGACAAAGACUGUCUCUGUAACAACAGUUUCUAAUCGUUCCAAAUGUUUUUAAGAUGUUUCCUACACGGGUCAUAUCUUGGCCUCAAGCAACCUUUCAGAGAUGCAUCUUCUUUGUGAUAGAAUAAAUCUUUGCAUUAAUGGUCAACGUCGACACGGUUGUUCACCAUAUAUUAAUUUAGCCGGGCAAACUACUAGCGCUAGAAUAAACUACUGAAGAAAAGUGGUCUUUGUACUUACGAUUUUUUACUUAAAUUUUGUUUACAAAAAUAAAGAAUAUAUAUUAAACAAAUUCG